CAGCGCCCGCGCCCUGUGGCCCAGGAGCCUCAGAGCAGGUGGGGCGGGCAGGGUCCUGCCUCCUGGGCGGCCUGGCAGGAUAAAUGGCGGCUGGGAGCAGGAGCACAGAGGUGACCUGGGGACCAUGCGGCUGCUCCUGCUGACCGUGGGGCUGAGCCUGCUCUCUGUGGCGCGAGCCCAGGAGGAAGAGGAGGACAACGUGGUGGUCCCUGCUCACCCUCAGAAGCUCUUAGGAAAGUGGUAUAUAAUCUGCUGGGCUGGGACCAUCCCCAUCCCCCGGGAGAAGCGCCAGGAGCCCCUGCCUCCCUUCCACUUUGUGGUGAGCCACAACGGGCAGCUGCAGUUCAGGAUGCACAUACGGAAGCCGAGCAGGUGCCAGCUGCUCAAACUGCCCUUCUCCACGUCACAGACCCCUGGGAACUACACCACCUGGUGGAAACAUCUGAUCUUCAUCUGGCUGCUCACGCCCAGGAGCUACGGGGUCGCCUACUUUGAAGACAAGAUGAAUAACCAGGAAAUAAACAUGAUGAUGCUCUUCAGCCGCACCCUGGAUGAAGACCCGGGGGCCCUGAGCCUGUUCCAGGAGUUUGUGAAGAGGAAAGGCCUGAACGAGACAGAGAUCACCGCCCCUCCGCAGGCUGAAGCCUGUGAGUUGCCCAGAGAGUCCUAGAGCAGCAGGGGGCUGAGAGCACCCAGGAGGGGCCUGGGGAGCCGGGCAGAACUCCCAAGGUGGAAGACCUGCUCAGCCAGGGCCCUGCACCUGCCCUGAGGUCACCCUCACUGUCUUAAUCAGUAAAAGCGAUUCUUCCCAGGCGAGAGGUGGUCUGGCUGAGCCAGCCUCAUUUCUAUCCAAGCCUCCCUGCCCAGUGAGACUCCCCCGGCCUGUCUCUGCCCUCUCUGGAUGUGUGCAGAGUCAGGUCCAGCGCAGACUGCCCCUGGUGGGCACUGAGACUGCCCCUGGCGGGCACUGUCCCCUGGGAAUCUGGCUCUAUGCAGGGGUCUGCCCAAGCAGAGCUGGCCUGGAGGUCAGGAGCCCCACACUGGCCGAGGCACAUCCCGUCCCCUCUCAGACCACUGGCCUCCCCCUGGCCGGUCACUCCUCUACCAUCUCAUGUGUUCACCACACAGGACUCCACCCAAACACCAUUGCAAUGGCUUUGCCUUCUCUUGACUCUUCUGUAUGAGGCUCGAGGUUUCUGGAUUAUCCCAAGGUCUUUUUCCUUACUGGUUUUCUUCUUAUUUGUAGUAGCUCAUAAUUGAAUUUGUCUCUGCAGUUACAGACCCAUAGGUAUGAAUUACACAUUGAUCUGCUCUUUGUUACCACGAUGGAAUACCUGAGGCUGUGUGCUUGAUAAAGGAAAAAGGUUUGCCCAGCUCACA